AAAAAACUGGGGGAAAAAAGUUUUGAAGUUUCGUUUACAUUGUUUUGGAUUGCUCUUACUAUUCUUGUCUAGGAAAGAUUAUCACCUUGUAAAUAUUUUUGUUUUGAUGUAUCUUAUUCUAUAUUUAUUCUUAAAAUCUUAUAGUUGUUGAUAUUUGAAUUCUUAUUUUAUAAUCUGCUGAGACGUCAGCUUAAAAGAUAAAUAUGAAUAUCGCUUCAAAACAGGACAAUCGAGAAUUACAUAUUGUUGUUAAUAAAUGCCGGUCUCAAGAUAACAAUGUGACUAAACCGGAUUACGGUACUCUACAUAAUCCAAAUUGUAAUUAUUACUUUAAUAAUAAUAAAAAUAAAAUUUACCGCCGUAAAAUACCUAAUCAAAACAUUGUCGCGAGACUAAUAAAACGCGAAACACAUUUUGUGAAACAAUCAGUUUCUUCACAUUAUGCCGUGCGACAGUUUCAUCAAAAUAUUGUUCCGAAUUGUACAGUGGUUGAUAUUGAAAAACCUCCAUGUUUCUUGCGGAAAUUUUCCCCUGAUGGUCAACAUUUUGUUGCAUUUUCAUUAGAUCAAACCUCGAUUGAAAUCUAUGAAUAUAAAGGCCCUGCAGCAGGUGAAACAUUACUGAGUAAAUUAUGUGUUGGACAACCUAAUGCAAAUGAUCCUGAUCAUCGAGGUAUUCGUUCAAAAAUAUUUGAACAAUUUUUCAAAUUGAAACAUACUGUCAAUGUGGCAGUGAAUGAUGAGCAAUUAAACAGAGAAUGUAGUUUAUUUACUGAUGAUGGCAAUCACAUUAUUGUUGGUUCUGCUGCAUAUAUCAGUGAUGAUAAUAUGCCACCCUUUUUUGAAAUUUAUAGAAAUAAUGAAUCAGUAUCUCCGAAUCCAAGAUCAUAUUUAGAAAAUUAUACUUUACAUUUAAUUGAUAUGAAAAAUGGAAUUCUCUGUGAUAGACGUACAUUUAAAACAGAUAAAAUUUUUCUUUCUCACAACCAAGGUUUAUAUUUAUAUCAUGAUUUCCUAUGUGUUUUGUCAGUUCAGCAUCAGACAAUUCAUGUGUUUCAAGUAAAAGAUAAUGGCACUUUUAUUAAUGUUCGUAACAUUGGCCGAUUUUGCUAUGAAGAUGAUGAACUAUAUUUGUCAAGUGUAAGAUAUCCAGAAUGGGAACCUUGCAAAACACCAUUUAAACCUUAUCGUGAAACUUCUAUUAAUGCCCUAAAACAUAGAAUUCUUGUAUUUUUGUAUAAAAGGGCUGUUGAAGAAUGUAAAAAUAAAGAUUCUCCCAAACCUCUUUGUGAAUACUACCAAAAUUUUGAGCAUUUUUGUCAACUCAGAAUGUGGAAAAUGCAGUUAAUUGAUAAAUCUCACCUUCUAAUUAAAUAUGCAAGUGAGGAUGUCAUAACUCUUCGACUGCCUGACCCCAAUGCACAACCAUCCUUUUUUGUAGUUUAUAACAUGGUCACUACUGAAGUAUUAGCUGUUUAUGAAAACACUUCUGAGAAAUUAUUGAACAUCUUUGAAAGCUUUUGUGAUUACUUCCGAAAUGCUGCAUUACAAGCGCCAACACAACUGUCUUGUUCUCCAUCCAAUAAUACAUAUGCUAGAACUUUACAGCACAGAUUCCAACAAACUAUUAUAAAUGCAAGAUUUGGUGGUCAAACAGAAGCAGUAAAACGUCUUCUAGCUCAAUUGCCUAUUAGUUCACAAUCUUAUAGUGUCAGUCCAUAUCUUGACUUGGCUUUAUUUAGCUAUGAUGACAAAUGGGUAUCAGUUAUGGAAAGGCCAAAAGCAUGUGGUGACCAGCCUAUUCGCUUUUAUGCCAGAGAUUCUGGACUAUUGAGAUUUAAAAUAUAUGCUGGUGUCCAUGGAAAAAAUCAUCCUGUUUCUGCAAGAAGAUUGGUUGCCUUUACUUUUCAUCCCUUCGAUCCAUUUGCUAUUAGUGUUCAAAGGACUAAUUCUGAGUAUGUAGUCAAUUUUCAUGUUAGACAUGUAGAGUCAGACUGAAGAAUCUACAAGUCAAGAAACUUGAAUCUUUCAUACUCGCAGUCAUUUCUCAUUAUUACUGCCUACUGUUCCAGUUUCUAUUUUUACCCCUUCAAUUAAGGUUUACCUCAACUUGGUAGUAUAUGUAAAGUUAUGAUCAAUCAUAUUAUUAACAAAUGAUGCAAUAUGUUUUUCAACAUAUCAUAUGAUGAUAAAUGAACUACAUAAAACUGAGUAAUUUUUCAGGUUUAAACAUCAUUUACUAUGUACUUAUCUGUAUAAUUUAUUAUGUAUAUUGCUGGCAAUUCAGAUUGAAUUUUGCUUGAAUAAGCAAUCAUUUUUAAAUGCAUUGAAAUAAUC